GUGCCCCGUUGCAAAAUCCUAAUCCACACACACACACGCGAACGCCUAGUUAGGGUUUUCGUUGAGCUUAAAAGAACCACUAUUUCAAAUCGGAUUUGAUUUCAGUUGCCUGAACCCUUUACAAUGACAUCGUUGGGGACGUCUAAAGGUGUAUUGGAGAUUGCAAAGUUCGCCGUUUACGUUACAGUUCCGAUUGGUCUUAUGUAUUUCUUCGCCAACAACACUAAGAAUCUUCACAAAUUCAUGGGCGCUAGGCAAUAUGUUGUGUACCCUCCAGAGGGACCAAGGCCACAAUCACCAGAGGAAUUAAGAGAAAUGGCUCGGGAGAUUGCUCGCAAGCGAAGCACACAGUGAUCGAUCACUACAUGGAGAUGUAACUUAUUACAGUCUAAUGUAUUCUAUCGCGAACAUGCUUUUUAGUUCAUGUUAUGUUCUUAUCAAAAUGUAAUAAAAGUGCUUCCAAUAAAUUUAUUGUAAUUAUGUUAUUGCAGUUGUAAUAAAAAAUUUGGGCAAUUAAAAAUAACAAAAA